UUGCCGCUUCGAAACGUAGGGCAGGGUUGCUUUCCUCCUAUCGGUUACUCUACUUUUCGUGCUUUUUUUGCCUGGUUCUUCUCCAAGGUUUUCUCCCUGGCUAAAGCGAGAUUAACUAGAAAAUACAGUAUUUUCGCCCGAUAAAAAUAGUGUGUUUUCCUAGCGGAUAAAAAAGCGCAUGCGCUUGUUUUGGCGGGCCAGGGUGUGCUAUUCGAGGGGCGAAGGGAAAAGGAACAACUGAGAAAUGGCUGCUGGAUUCGGGUCAUUGCUGCGCGAGUGCCCGCUCCUCUUGCCCCAGAACCGGGAAAAGAGUGUCUAUGAGGGCUUCGUCACCGCCCAGGGGAGAGACUUUCACAUAAGGAUAUUGUUACCAAUGGAUGGUCAGUUGAAAAAUGCUAGGAUUCAAUGUAGCUGGCAUCUGAAAAAGUUGCUUCAUGGAUAUCAUCUGAUUUUAAAGCAGAGAUUGGAACAUUCAUCAGAUCUAGUCAGUUUCAUGGUAGAGUUGAAGACUAUUUUGGAACUUGCUUUGAAAAACACAGAAGAAUUGUGUGCUCAACCACCUCCACAAUAUUAUUCUGGCCUCAUCGGAGAUAUAGAAAAUUUGGGAUGGAAUAAGGUUCUGUUUAUUGAUCCUGCUUUUAGUACUAUCAGGUUAAAAGCUGAAGACUCUUCUGGUCGGGAUCAUCAAAUCACUUUGAAAUUCAAUUCAAAAUAUCCCAGAGAGCAACCAGACUGUCUUAUUGACUUACCAGUUCAGUUUUCUUUUUCCUGGACUCCACAGAGUUCCUUACUGAGCAUUCACAGUCAGUUCUUGGCAGCAUUAGAAUCACUGAAGGAGUUUUGGGAUGUUUUAGAUGAAAUUGAUGAAAAGACCUGGGUCCUUGAGCCAGAGAAACCCACAAGGAGCUCCACAAGGCGAAGGAUUGCAAUUGGAAGCAACAUUUCACUUAAUAUAGAGGUAGAUCCCAGGCACCCUACCAUGCUUCCUGAGUGUUACUUUCUUGGAGCUGACCAUGUGGUAAAUCCGUUGAAAAUCAAGCUGAAUAGCAAUGUACAUAUGUGGAACCCGGAAAAUAGUUUAUUAAAAAAUUUUAAAGAGAUUUUAGAAAUUGAUUUCCCAUCUCGAGAAGCUCUAGAAAAAAGUGACUUCUCUAUGGAUUGUGGUAUUUGCUAUGCUUAUCGUCUGGAUGGGGCUAUUCCAGACCAGGUUUGUGAUGACUCUCAUUGUGGCCAAUCUUUUCAUCAAGUUUGUUUAUAUGAGUGGUUACGUGGGCUCCCUUCAAGUCGACAGAGUUUUAAUGUCAUAUUUGGUGAAUGCCCAUAUUGUAGUAAGCAAAUCACACUGAAAAUAUCUACUAAGAAAAUCUGAAUACAAAUGGAUAACUGCAUUUCGUGAGCACUUACUGGGAAAGGUAUCAAAGAAAAUAGAGAGACAGCAUUAUUAAGACGACAAGUACAACAAUGGCCACA